CCGCCGACGCCAUUUCCCGUGCGACAGCGGGCAGGCGCGCAGGCGCAAAGGCAGGCGGGGCGGGUGAAGCCGUGAUGGCGGAGGUGAAGAGGCUGCAGGACCGGCUGGACAGACUGGAGACUCGGCUGUACGGGGACAGGCCGCUGCAGGCAGUACAGUUUGUCGAUGCUGUUGUGAAAAUCCAGGCCUCUUUGGGAAAUAUUUCCAACAAAAGAGAGAGGAUAAAAACUUUGUACAAGAAAAUUGAUGAUCUAAUGAAGUUCUUGGAUCCUCAGUACAUAGACAGAAUUGAUGUUCCAGAUGCCAUGAAACUUGAGUUUAUUCUAGCAGAAGAGGAGUUCAUCCACUCCCAAGUACACCUUUUAGAAUUGGUGAAGAAACAACAGCCAUAUCUUGAGAGUGAGCACAUUAAAGCUGUACCUGAUUAUUCUUCGAAGGUGCAAGCACUGACCCAAGUUCAAAUUGAGGAACAGGAUCAGUGUACUGCAAUCACAGACGAUGUAACCAAGAUGCUAGAUGAGUAUAAUAAAAUGAUUUUACUCCUUUCAAAACAAUUUGUUCAGUGGGAAGAAAUGCUAACAAAGUUUGAAGCUGCAAAACAAAUAAAGCCAUCCUCUGACUGACAUUAUGUAGAGUAAAUGGAUCAAAAUGUGCAAGUCAAGAACAUUAUUCUCUUUAUUCUCAACAUAACAUUGAACAUGUAAUGAAUAAUUAUAACAUGUGUUCCUUAUAAUAAUGUAUAUUAAAAUCUUUUGCGGUAAUAUAACUAGCAUGUAUAAGUCAUAGUAAUCAGAAUAGUAGAUUAAUUCCCAAGUGCUCGGUUUCACAUCUGCAAGUUUGCAUUAUAAUAUUUAAAACUUAAACGAACUGUAAAUAUAUCUUUAUUUAAAACAGGUCAGUUAUGUUGACUGUCGGUUUCUUUUUGUAAUAUUUAAGGUCUGCUGUGAUUAGUGCAAUUCUGAUGCAAGCUUUUUGUGAACCAAUGUACCACUAAAAUUCUUCAGUUUGCUGCUGAAUUAAUUGUUAAUAAAAUUUUAUAUACAUAAACUAAA